AGAGACGUGCUGGAAGCCAUCGUCCUCUUGAACUUUCCAAAGAGUUGUUGUUGAUUGAAAAUAUCACAAAAACAAACUUAGCACAAGAAAGAUCGAGGAGAGAUCGAAGAAAGAAGUCAUGGAUGUUUCAGGAAGCUUGAGUUGCGUUGUUGUGGCCGUAGAUGGAAGCGAGGUGAGUAUGGAAGCUUUAAGGUGGGCUCUGGACAACCUCAAGCUCUCAUCGUCUUCUCCCGAUUCAUCAUUCGUCGUGCUCCAUGUCCAGCCUUCGCCAUCUGUCGCCGCUGGUGUUAGUCCCGGCACCAUCCCUUUCGGCGGUCCCAGUGGUCUUGAGGUUCCUGCUUUCACCGCUGCAAUCGAACAACACCAGAAGCGGAUCACCGAUACUAUCCUCGAACACGCUCAUCGAAUUUGUGCUGAGAAAUCAGUAACUGUGAAAACCCAAGUGGUAGUUGGGGAUCCCAAGUAUAAGAUCUGUGAAGCUGUAGAGGAAUUGCAUGCUGAUCUUCUUGUCAUAGGUUCCCGGGCUUAUGGCCGCAUUAAGAGAAUGUUUUUGGGAAGUGUAAGCAACUACUGCACCAACCACGCGCAUUGUCCUGUUGUGAUAAUUAAACCAAAGGAUGAUGCUUCAGCAUAAAAGCAGGAGAUAAUGUACAAAUGCAAAGGGAUAUCAAAACCAUCUUUUUAAUUUUGUGAAGUUUAAGCUAUGUAAUGGAAGCAAAGUAAGAAUUCACCAGCUUACUUCCCAACGCAUUGGUGUGAAUGUAAGCUAAUAAGAGCGACAGAAACAUUGCUUGGCUCAGUAUAUGUGUUGUUGUAUUCAUAUUCAUCGGUAUAUUUUUUUUUAUGAUUGAGGAUUGAAUAAUAUUGUUGCAUCAAAACAGUAUGAAGGGCAUGUACAGAGCAAACUGGUUGUCAAUGUAGGCUAGCUCGUAAGAUUGGAACUUUGGCCGGCUA